AUGCUUUUCCUCAUAUGGACAGGCGUACUCAUCGGAGUUAUUUACAUUUAUCUUCGACGAGCCCAUUCAAGAUACACACCGUACGAUAUUAAACAAUUACCAACUUUGCCAUUCAUUGGCAAUGUAUUACCGCUGAUCCUGCGCAAGAUGCACUUUGUAGAGGAUUUGUCACGUUAUUAUGAUAGCUUUCCUGAAGAACGGUUCAUUGGGAAAUAUGAAUUUACAAAUCCAGUCAUAAUUGUGCGUGACUUGGAACUUAUUAAAAAGGUUACAAUUAAAGAUUUCGAGUAUUUUCUCGAUCAUCGAGCGUUUACAGAUGAGACGGUGGAGCCCAUAUUUGCAAGGAACCUUUUUUCAUUGCGAGGUGAUGAAUGGAAAGACAUGAGAUCAACUUUGAGUCCAGCUUUUACCAGUUCUAAGAUUCGAGUGAUGGUGCCUUUUAUGGAGGAGGUAGGAAACCAGAUGAUGGCCGCCUUGAAGAAGCAAAUCAAAGCGAAUGGAGGUCAACCAGUAGAAAUAGACUGCAGGGACCUGACUCGCCGUUACGCGAAUGAUGUCAUAGCUUCUUGUGCUUUUGGCCUCAAAGUGGAUUCUCACGCAGAUGGUGACACACAAUUUUUUGAAAUGGGACGAAAUGCUGCUGAAUUCAAAAUGCGACAAAUGAUCAUGUUUUUAGCAUAUAGCGCGUUUCCCACGUUUGUUAAGUGGAUAAAAAUUACACUAUUUACUAAAGAAACAACAUCAUUCUUCAGAAGUUUAGUAAUCGAUACAAUGAGGAACAGGGAAGCUCACAAUAUACUACGACCUGACAUGAUACAUCUUCUGAUGGAGGCCAAGAAAGGGCAUUUAAAUCACGAUGAAAACUCUAAGGAACGUGAUGCUGGCUUUGCAACUGUAGAGGAAUCUGCUGUGGGCAAGAAACAUAUUAUUCGAACCUGGUCAGACAAUGAUCUGAUUGCUCAAGCUGUUCUAUUCUUUAUCGCCGGCUUCGAAACGGUUUCAUCUGCUAUGUCAUUCGCUAUACGAGAAUUGGCGUUGAAUAAAGAUAUACAAGACCGAUUGGCUAAGAAUAUAAGAGAAGAUUUUAAUAAAAAUAAUGGCAAGAUAGAUUACACGUCGAUUCAGAACCUACCUUACCUGGAUCAAGUUUUUUCAGAGGUGCUCAGAUUAUGGACUCCCGGCUUUCAAUUGGACAGAAUCUGUACAAAACCAUAUAACUUGGGGAAACCGAACAAAAAUGGCCAAAAGGAAUACAUUGUGAGUAACAUACGUAACAUAAUUUGGUUAUAA